UGGGUCAGUGGGUGAGGAUAGGGGGGGGGGGUAUGUGACUGUGUACGGGAAGAGAGAAGGGUCAUUCCGCAGCAGCUGCGGCAGCAACGACAAACGACGCGGGAAACAUCAUAAAUAAUAAUCACAUUUCUCAUACAGUAUUUGGUUACUGUGGUGACAGGCCACCUAUUCUUUCUACACAAACUGUUGGAUCGCUGUAUUGUAUGAAAGGUUAAUAGCCGCGGUAAUUACUUACUGUUUACAAGGCAGCCGACUAAUGACAGCACAGUAGAAUUCUGCGUGCACCUUGAAUCCUUAUUUGGUUCCUUUCUGUUAUAUCUGGGCACUGAGUACACAGAGGCCGACAUGACUGUCACAUACUCCAAGAACCUUCCUGUUCUCCUGUAAUGAUUUUCCGGAGCAGUCUUAUAGCAGUCAGCAGGCUUAAGCUGCCCAUUCAACUGUCCGUUCGUCAUUGCGCUCAGGAAUAUGCAAAUAUGGCCCUGAGGAUUCCCGUCCAGAAGGUGUUGUGCGUUGCUGAGAAAAACGAUGCUGCCAAGGGGAUUUCAGAUCUUUUGUCCAAUAGCCGGAUGAGGAGGAGAGAAGGAUUUUCCAAGUUUAACAAGAUUUAUGAAUAUGAAUAUCACUUGUUUGGAAAGGAUGUAACUGUCAUCAUGACCUCAGUGUCUGGGCAUUUGCUGUCAAUGGACUUCCAGAGUCAUCUAAAGUCUUGGCACAGCUGUAACCCAGUCUCCCUAUUUGAUGCGGAAGUUGAGAAGAUCUGUCCUGAUGAUUUUGUAAACAUCAAGAGGACACUAGAACGAGAGGUACGGCAGUGCCAGGCUCUCAUCAUAUGGACGGAUUGUGACCGAGAGGGAGAGAAUAUUGGUUUUGAGGUUAUCCACGUCUGUAAAGCAGUGAAACCAAAUCUUCAGGUGUUCCGAGCUCGGUUCUCCGAAAUCACCUCUCGGUCCGUCCGCACAGCCUGCGAGAACCUGACACCUCCUGACCAGAACAUCAGUGACGCCGUGGAUGUGAGAAUGGAGCUGGAUCUUCGGAUAGGAGCUGCUUUUACCAGGUUCCAGACUCUCCGCCUUCAAAAGAUCUUUCCUUCCGUGUUGUCCAGCCAGCUGAUCAGCUAUGGAAGUUGUCAGUUCCCCACACUGGGGUUUGUAGUGGAGAGAUUCAAAGCCAUCCAGGCCUUUAUUCCUGAGACCUUCUACAAGAUCAAAGUAACUCACGAACAUGAAGACGGAACUGUGGAAUUUAACUGGAAGAGGAACCGACUUUUUAACCACACAGCCUGCCUGGUUCUCUACCAAAUCUGCAUGGAGGACCCCACAGCUACCGUCGUUCAGGUUGGGAGUAAGCCAAAAAGCAAGUGGAGACCUGUAGCCCUGGACACUGUGGAGCUGGAAAAACUGGUUUCUCGAAAACUGAAGAUCGCAGCCAAGGAAACCAUGAAAAUUGCAGAGAAACUUUACACACAGGGUUAUAUCAGUUACCCCCGCACUGAGACCAACAUUUUUCCCAAGGAUCUGAACCUCACAACGUUGGUUGAGCAGCAGACACAGGACCCCCAGUGGGGCACGUUCGCACAGCGCAUCCUAGAGAGGGGUGGGCCUACUCCAAGAAAUGGAAGCAAGACUGAUCAAGCCCACCCCCCUAUCCACCCCACUAAGUACGCCAGCAGCCUGCAGGGAAAUGAGCAGCGCAUCUACGAGUUCAUUGUGCGUCACUUCCUGGCCUGCUGCUCCCAAGAUGCUCAGGGGCAGGAGACCACGGUGGAGAUUGACAUCUCUGCUGAGCGGUUUGCGGCUCAUGGCCUGAUGAUCAUUGCCAGGAACUAUCUGGAGGUCUACCCAUAUGACAAGUGGACCACGAAGAUCAUCCCGGUGUAUGAGAUGGGCGCCAGAUUCCAGCCCACCACGGUGGAGAUGGUGGAUGGAGAGACCACUGCCCCACAGCUCCUUACAGAGGCAGAUCUUAUCGCUCUGAUGGACAAGCAUGGGAUCGGGACUGACGCAACCCACGCUGAGCACAUUGAGACUAUUAAGUCACGUAUGUACGUGGGUCUCACACCUGAGCAAAGGUUCCUGCCUGGAGAGCUUGGGAUGGGGCUGGUGGAAGGUUACGAUUCCAUGGGCUUCGAGAUGUCCAAGCCCGACCUACGAGCAGAGCUGGAGGCUGACUUGAAGCUGAUCUGCGAAGGCAAGAAGGACAAGUUCACCGUCCUAAGGCAGCAGGUGCAGAAAUACAAGCAGGUCUUCAUAGAAGCUGUAGCCAAAGCCACCAAGCUGGAUGAGGCUUUGUCCCAGUAUUUUGGACAGGCCGUGCAAAAUGUGGAACAGCACGAGAUCUAUGCAGAAACACCUCUGCCCAUACGCAAGUGUCCGCAGUGCAGUAGGGAUAUGGUUCUGAAGAGCAAGAGAGACGGAGGGUUCUACAUUUCAUGCUUGGGAUACCCGGGCUGUAAAACGUCAAUCUGGUUCCCCAGCUCCGUGUUGGAGGCGUCACGUGACGACAGCGUCUGCGAGGUGUGCCGACCUCAUCCAGUGCACAGGCUGAAGCUGAAGUUUAAGCGGGGUAGUGUGCCCCCACUGAUGCCACUGGAGUUUGUGGGGUGUAUUGGUGGCUGUGAUGAAACACUUAGAGAAGUCUUAGACCUCAAAUACCUUCAGGGCGGCAACAGAGGCGCACAGGAGAGGAAUCACGUGCAGGAAAACCGGGCAAAUACCCAUACGGGAAACGCCAGAGGCGGGCACAGCCGUCAGCCAACUGCCAGGAAGGAGAGGAAUCCCAAGCUGGUGACUCCAGCUGUCCCGAGAAGUGUGCCACCAUCCACAGCCAGCACUGAGGGCAAUGAGGUGGUCUGUAACUGUGGGGUUAGCGCCGUGCAGCUGACUGUGCGCAAGGAGGGGCCCAACCAAGGACGCCCAUUCUAUAAGUGUAAUGGAGGAAACUGCAGCUUCUUCCUGUGGGCAGAUCAGGACAGUGGGUCUGGCAGUAGCAAUUCGGAAUUUCAGCCACCUGGAGGGCGGCCCUCGAAUGCAUUCAAUAGUCCACGGGUAUCAGGAGGGUUCAGGGCAGGAGGAGAAUCCUGGAACAUGGAAUCUGGGGGGCAGGCCACUUGUAUGUGCAACCAGCCAGCUGUCACGCGUACUGUGCAGAAGGACGGGGCCAACAAGGGCCGACAGUUCCACACGUGUGCUAAACCCAGAGAGCAGCAGUGCGGAUUCUUCCAGUGGGCGGACGAGAAUGUUCCUCCAGGGGGCUCUGGCGGCGACUAUCCCAGCACCUUUGGAGGGGGCUCCGGAGAGCAGCGAGGAUUCGGCACAAAAAACAAACGUUCUGAUUACAGCUCAUCAGACAGAGGUCCGACAGCAAAGAAACAACGGACUUGUGGUAUCUGCCACCAGCCGGGGCACAACAGGACCAGCUGCCCCCAGAACAGAUGAGAAGCGCACUAGCUUUCCUCCAUUUCCUGCAACCAUCUCACUCUACCCAAAGCCUUUCCUGGUUGUUUUUGGAUUUUAUUUUUUCUUUGUUUUAUUUUUUAAUCAAUUCCUUACUUAGUACUACUGUAGUAUGUCCCUUCCUAGUCCAGGGACAGAAAACAGUGCUGCUUACCCCAUAAUCUGGCAUAUAUGCUGGGACUUGUAGUUCCACAGCCGCCCAUCAGUUGCAUUUGUGUUUUGAAUUAUUUUUUUUCCUUUGUAGUUUUGCAGGGACAGAAGUGUUUGAUCAGAAUCACUGUUGCCUGUGGAUAUAGUUGCACUGGGCUUUCUAUGAUGCAGUGCUCCAGUGCACCCAGCACCUUUGUAAGUCACAGCAACUUAUCAGAUUCCAACUUUGUUUCUAGCACAGGUUUGAUAAUAUAAUGAAAUACUGAUUAGUUGCCGUGGGCUACAGCACAUUCGUUACUAAGUGAGCCCCAGUCUGUUUAAAUGUUAUCAAACUUUGAAACGAAGAGAUAUUUUAAGUGUUUCCAUGAGGAAACAAAACAUUCACUGUAGUUUUAUAAAUCUCGUGUCCCAUUUAUCUGCACCUCUGUUUUUAAAGAACAUUCGCUCAGGUCGUUACCGUGGAACGGCUACUAGUAAUGUCUGCAGUGGUUUAUCAGAACUGGAGACACGUGAGAUAAUGCUCUGAAUGUGAGGGGAACAGUCCCCUGUCUUUUACCCAUUUAGAGACAGGGAGGGGGGGGGAUUCAAUUGCUGAUGACUUGUCUGCCUGCCUGAAUUUCCACGCCAUCUGCCGCACUUUAUGGCAGAGGGUAGCAAGCACUUUUAAGCGAAAGAGGUGCAAAUCGGGCCGGGUGCGAAUUGAACUGCCAUUGCUGAAGUUUAAAGGUUGCUUCAAUGGCAGUUUGACCACAAAUGAAAUCCCCCCCAGUGUCUGGAACACGGCUGGAUCUACACUGACUGGUACCAGAGGACACUAGCUAUAAUAUUUAUAUCUUAUCUUUUGAAUCCUGCAGUCCUGACAUAAUAAUAAUGCCUCUUACAGAUGGUGCAGACAUUGUUCAUUAUUAUGACCCGCUUUUUGUGCGGCUCUUGUCUAUCGUCUGUUGACACCUCUGCAUAUAUUUUUUAUUAGCAAAAUAAAACUUUGUUAAAAGGAACAA